AUGGGUUUUCUCGAGGCAGCUCUGACGAUGCUUUUACUGUUGUCUGCAAUGGCAGUUCUGGUCUCAGUUGGAAACAGUCAUGAGAACCGUUUUCUGUUAACUGCUGCGAAUUCGAAAGCACUGGAUUGCUCUUACAAUCCUUACGUUUGUCUGACUAAGAGCCUUAAGCCUGCGGGUCCCAAUUGCUGUGCCAAGAAAUGUGUCGACGUAAUGACCGACGUAAAUAAUUGCGGUAAAUGCAAGAAUAAAUACAAAUACCCUUCUGUUUGCUGUAACGGGAAAUGCACAGACAUCGGCAGUGAUCGAUUCAACUGCGGUAAAUGUGGUGCCGCCUGCAAGAAGGCUUCUUACUGCGCAUACAGCAUGUGUUCUUAUGCUUAA